AUGGCGAUUUUUAAACGGAGGACUUGUGCUGGGACGGUGCUGAUAGCUUUGCUGCUCCCUAUUUCAGGUAUUUGGUGCUUCACUGAGCUUUUUUUCAUGAGGGAACCCCAUGAUGUUAUUGCUCUGCGGAAAGACCCUGUGGUUCUUGAUUGCCAGGCUCAUGGGGAACUUCCAAUUACCAUUGUGUGGCUCAAAAAUGGACAAAAGUUGGUGGAUAGUGAGCGGACAUAUGUUUUAUCAAAUGGUUCGCUUUACAUCACUGAAGUUGAACAUCGUAGAGGAGAACGAUCAGAUGAAGGCUACUAUGAAUGUUUAGCUCAAAAUAAGUAUGGAGCCAUUCUGAGUCAGAAAUCCCACCUCUCUGUGGCCAGUAUGUCUCCAUUUGAGGUUCAGCCAAUUCAUACAGUGGUGAAGGAAGGGGAAGUAGCACGAUUUAUCUGCAAGAUACAUGCAAAUCCUCCACCAAUCAUAACCUGGGAGUUCAACCGGACAGCACUGCCCCUAGCUACUGACAGGAUAACUGCUCUACCGACAGGAAUCCUUCAGAUCUAUGGUGUUGAGAGACAACACGCUGGACUGUAUCGUUGUGUCGCAACCAACAUUGCAAAUAGGCGCAGGAGUGUAGAAGCCAUUUUAACUGUUGUUCCAGCAUGGGAACCAAAGACAUUGCAGAAACCAGUGAUAAUCGCAGGUCCCCAAAAUAUCACUGUGCCUGUGCAUCAAACAGCGAUGCUGGAAUGUGUUGCCAUCGGUUCCCCCAAGCCUCUUGUUUCUUGGAGUCGUUUAGAUCACAGAUCUAUUGACGUCUUCAAUACACGUGUUCUGGGGAAUGGGAAUCUGAUGAUAUCAGAUGUGAAGGUCCAGCAUGCUGGAAUAUACGUGUGUCGGGCCACCACACCAGGCACACGCAACUACACUGUUGCAACAGCUAUGCUUACAGUAUUGGCACCACCUUCUUUUGUUGAGUGGCCUGAGAGUCUCACCCGUCCUCGCGCUGGUACCGCGAGGUUCAUGUGUCAGGCAGAAGGUAUUCCUACACCGAAGAUUAGUUGGCUGAAGAACGGACAAAGGAUUCACUCCAAUGGACGUAUCAAAGUGCAGUACAGCAGCAAAUUGGUGAUAAACCAGAUCAUUCCUGAAGACGAUGCCAUUUACCAGUGUGUGGCUGAAAAUGAACAAGGAUCUGUUCUUUCAGUGGCCAGACUGAUUGUUAUAAUGUCUGAAGACAGACCAAGUGCACCUCGAAAUAUCCAGGCUGAAACUGUGUCAAGCUCAGGGAUUCUUUUGUCUUGGCAAAGGCCCAUGUACAAUUCUGAUAAAGUAAUCGCGUACUCUGUCCAUUACAUGAAAGCUGAAGGUUUAAAUAAUGAGGAAUAUCAAGUGGUUAUUGGGAAUGAUACAACUCGUUACAUUAUUGAUGACUUAGAACCAGCCAGCAACUACACAUUUUAUAUUGUUGCGUACAUGCCUAUGGGAGCCAGUCGAAUGUCAGAACAUGUGACUCAGCACACCUUGGAAGAUGUCCCCCUAAGAAUGCCAGAGAUCAGUUUGACCAGUCGUAGCCCAACCAACAUCCUGAUCUCCUGGCUCCCCAUUCCAGCCAAAUUCAGGAGAGGUCACAUCAUCGCAUAUCGCAUUUACUAUCGGAAAAGCACAGAGCGUGCUGUCCACUUGGUGGAGCUUCCAGGAACCAAAUCGGAACACCUGCUUGAAGAUGUGGAACCUGACAGCACUUACCUCGUGCGGAUCUCUGCAGCCACCAGAGUGGGGUGGGGAGAAUCUUCAAUCUGGACAUCCCACAGAACGCCAAAAGCUACCAGUGUCAAAGUCCCGUUGGCCCCAGAGCUGCGUCUGGAGCCAUUGAAUUGUACAACAAUUACGGUAAGGUGGAAACAAGCAGAGGAAAAUGACGUGCAGAUCCAGGGAUAUCGACUUUUCUACAGGGAGGAGAGCCUGCAGGAAACUGGGCCAAUCAGACUCGGCAUGCGUGACUCCCAGUAUACCAUCAGUGGGCUAGACCCUCGAAAGAAGUACCACAUGCGUUUGCUGGCAUACAAUUACAUGGGGGAAGGCUACCAGGCAGAUCAGACUGUGAGCACCCCAGGAUGUGUGUCUGUUCGGGAUCGCAUGGUGCCGCCUCCACCUCCUCCUCAUCACUUGUACGCAAAAGCCAAUAGUUCAUCUUCUAUCUCCUUGCAAUGGGGGAAGCCAGCCUUUACUGCAGCACCAAUGAUCAACUAUACUGUCCGCUGCAACCCUGUGGGGCUGCAGAAUGCAUCUCUUGUCAUGUACCUUCAAACGUCUGAAACACACAUGCUUGUGAAUGGUCUACAACCCUUCACCAAGUAUGAGUUUGCAGUGCGUCUUCAUGCAGAUCAGCUCUCCAGCCCCUGGAGCCCAGUGGUUUAUCAGCUGACACUGCCUGAAGCUCCAACCAAACCACCUUCAGGAGUUAAAGCCACUUUGAUAGAAGGAGGAACUGCUCUCAUUUCUUGGAAACCCCCUGAAGAUAGCAGCACAGCUGUCACUCGUUACACCAUCCUGUAUGCUUCCAGGAAGGCCUGGAUUGCAGGCGAGUGGCAAAUGCUCCACAGGGAAGGAACGAUUACUAUGGCUUUAUUGGAGAACCUUGUUCCAGGAAAUGUCUACCUUAUUCAGAUAUCUGCAUCAAAUGAAGUAGGAGAGGGACCCUUUUCAAAUGUUGUAGAACUGGUAAUCCCUGCUACAGAGACAAUAUACUUUAGUCAAGGGCCAAAGUGGUCUGACUCUCUCAGCAAUGCAGAUGCCAAAGCUAACUCAGAUGUAUUUUACCACCUGGACCAGAAGUCAAUGACUGGGAUUAUCGUUGGAGUCUGCAUUGCCCUGACUUGUAUUAUCAUCUGCAUCCUCAUCCUCCUUUAUAGAAGCAAAGCAAGGAAAUCCAAUGCAGUCAAGGCUGAUCAACAAGGAAGUGUUCAGUUGGCACAGGUGACGAGGCCGCUGGUCAGUGGGAACCAUCUCGCCAAGAGUAAGGAUGAACAGUGGGAAAACAUGGAAACCUUAAUGCCGAUGAUGCCUGAGAACGUCUUCUUGGAUACCAAGGGUGGAUCUGAUCUGAUUAUUAGCAGCUCUGGUCACAGAAAAGAAAAGACCAAAAAAUGUUCAUUUUUUGGAACAAAAAAGAGAUCAACAAACACAUACAAAGAGGAUCAGCCAGUGAGAAGAAAUGGGUUUGGUGUGAGUUCCUACCAGCUGUCUGGGCUGACCUGUGGAGAAUCGGGCUGCUCCGUGCUGAUUCCCCCCACGUCCUUGCCAGCUGUGUUUACGGCUGUGGGAGAUACAGAAUAUUCUCAUAACAGUGAUGGCAGCCACGAAACUGGAGAUUCAGGCAGAUACUCGCAUGAUUCUCGAGAGGAGAUGGAAAUGUCACAUCUUCCUUCUGUCACGUGUGCUACGCCUGUCUUCUUGGGAUCAUCUGUCCAGGCAGAAACUGCCAGCAUUCCCGUCUUGUCUACCUCAGAGGAAGAUCAACGCUUGUUGGUUGUUUCUCAUUCCACUACCUCUGACCUGCUGGCGCUGCCUCGACCGAAUCAAGCAUCUUCAAAACCAACCAGUGAAAACACCAACAACCAAUUUCCAAUUUAA